AUGGGGCGAGGGGGAAAAACCCCUGGGGGGCCAUUUUCGGUUGCAGCGCAGGUGCCUCCACUGUACGACCCCAGCCAUGCCGCGGUGCCCGGCGCGCCGCCGCAGCCCUUGGUGUCCGUAGCGCAGCCUGGUGACGCCGUCGGCGCGGACGGCGCGGGCGGCCUGGAGCCUGGCCUGCAGCACGGCCUGGAGCACGGCCUGGAGCACGGCCUGCAGCCUGGCCUCGGCCCGCACGCCGACCAACAACAGGUGACCCCGUGGCCCGUGGUGUACGCCUCGGACGUGCAGCAGCAGCGCGACGACGGCCACCUCGAGCACGGCGUCGUGCACUCGCCGGCCGCACCGUUCCCCGCGGCGCGCGCCGUGCAGACGGUGGAGCGCGUCGACAACCCCGGGCAGUACCAGCCGCCGCCCGCCGUGGACAUCGACAGCGUGAAGAACAACCGGCCCACCGAGCAGGGCAUCCCCGACGUGCCGCCGCCGCCGCUGCCCGUCGGCCGCGGCAGGAAGGCGCAGCGCCAGCAGCCGCCGCCGCCGGGACUCCUGCCCUUCUAGCGCCGGCGAUACCCCGCGCCGCCCGGCAGUCCCUCGCGCGCGGAGUAGCGGCGGGCUGCCCCGCGCCGAAGCGACAGUGUCUUAAAAUGUUGUGGCCAAAAGUAUGGCGGUUGCAGAUUUUUGUACCGUUUCCCCUCGACCGGCUCCCAGUCGAUGGACUAGUCAAGAAGCCAGGCUUAAUUGUGUUGUGCUCAAAGUAUUUCCCAGUGCCAUGUAAAAAAAGCAUCGUCCCUUAGAAGAUCAAAAUUAUCGGGGACUCAAAAAAAGGAAAAGCUAAACCUGAUUGUAAAUAUUUGAAAACCUGUAAUGGCCUGCUAAAAAUGGCUUCCUAUUGGCGGCGCCUAAAGACGGAUU